AAAAGUCAGUUUUAUAUCAGUGCUAUAACACAAGAGUAACCAAUGACUAUUUUGUGCAAAACAUCCGAUUAAGAUUUUCAUUUUUAAAGUUUUAAUUUUUGCUGAAUCAAUCCUAAAAUUCAAGAGAUAAUGUCAAUCAAAUCUAUUGUCAGCUUUAGUUGUUCUCUUUGAUUUUUGGUAACUUAACCUUUGUAUCUUUCUUCCUCAAAGCCCUCCAGUGUUUUUCUUUUCUUCCUUCUCCGUUUAAUUUUGGGCUCCUGUGACAUGACGAGUUUUUUGUUUUUAUAAUAUUGCGCAAAAUAAGAUCAUUUUGGGAGGUUUAUGCCCCAACACUGUGCAGACAGUACUUCAGACAUGGCUCUAAAUCGACCGAGUUAUACGAUUUCUUCGUUCAAACCUCGUAUGAUCAAAUUCUCUCAUUUUCCAAACACGUUACAUGGUGAGGCGCUGAAUUGUGACCAUUUUUUUGUAAAGUGAAAGCCAGACGCAUGAGGUUUGGGGUGAUUCUCAGUCCGUAAGGAGAGGCAGGCGAGCAGGAGCCAACAGGAAAGCCGUCUGUUCUCAGGCUAACUCGUUAAUCAAGCUUGCGCCAGCUGGCUUCUGAUUGGUCCAGCCGGGAGAUGCGAAAUGCGCGCAGCAGGCUGUGUGGAGAUGACAACCUGGGAGCCAGUGCUGAACCGUGUGGUGGAGACUGGAGGGGGACGUCUGUUUGGUUGUCACUGAAAUUGCCCACCGAUCUUAAAGUGGAAAUCCAUUACUCUGGAGGAAUAAUGAACUGCAGGAGUGCGUGCUGUAACCACUGGUCAUCUGAGGAGAGGUUGGAUGGGAAAACAGUGAUCAUCACCGGAGCCAACACUGGUAUCGGCAAAGAAACAGCCAGGGAUCUGGCAAGAAGAGGCGCCCGCAUCGUUAUGGCGUGCAGAGACGUGGAGAGGGCCGAGGAGGCGCGGACCGACAUCUUGGAGGACACAGGCAAUGAGAACAUCGUCAUCAGGAAGCUGGAUCUGUCCGACACAAAGUCCAUCAGGGCUUUUGCUCAAAUUAUUAACAAAGAAGAAAAGCAAGUGAAUAUCUUGAUAAACAACGCAGGCAUCAUGAUGUGUCCUUAUUCCAAGACUGUGGAUGGCUUUGAAAUGCAGUUUGGAGUUAAUCAUUUGGGUCAUGUCCUCUUAACCUACCUGCUGCUUGACCUCAUCAAAUGUUCAGCUCCGGCCCGCAUUGUAAUCGUGGCAUCGGUGGCCCACACUUGGACUGGCCUUCGACUUGAUGACAUCAACAGUGAAACGAGUUAUGAUGCUAUGAAAGCUUACGGACAAAGCAAACUGGCUAACGUCCUGUUUGCACGCUCUCUUGCCAAACGGUUACAAGGAACUGGUGUCAGUGUCUUUUCUCUGCACCCGGGGGUGGUCCAGUCUGAUCUGUGGCGACACCAGCACCAGUGCAUACAAGUAGCAGUGAAGAUCUUCCGGAUUUUUACCAAGACAACAGUGGAGGGAGCACAGACCACCAUCUUUUGUGCUGUGGAACAAGGCCUGGAGAGCCAGAGUGGAAACUAUUUCAGUGACUGUGCGCCUGCACGCUGCUCAAGGACUGCUGCUAAUGACGACUUGGCCCAGACGCUGUGGGAGGUGAGCUGCGACAUGCUUGGCAUCACCUGGCAGUGAAGAGCAGCGGUUUAACUAUGUGUUAUACAUAUCACAUGUCGAAAGCACUGUUAUGCACUUUUAUGAAUCCUUGACUCGUUUGAAAAUUUUGGCUGUUCUGAGUGACGUUGAGUGUGAAGUAACGAGGACUGCUCUAAGUUUUUCUUUCAUUUUCUGUCAACAAAAAGAAAUCACAUGUUGUAUUUAAUCAGCAUUUACUGAAUUAUAUCUGAUGUAAAACCUUUUUAAAGCAUUCCAGAUACAUAGAUUUUCUAAGUAUUUAUUUGUUGUGUAUCUUGUACUAAAACGGUGCUUUUGUCAUGAGAGUAAGUUAACCAGUAUGUUAUGCUUUAAUUUAGUUGAAUAAGACCUGAGCUGCUAAAGUCAUUACAUGCUAUUGCUGUUUCAUUUUACAAGUCUUUAUUACUAAGAUGGAAUGUAGCAUUUGCUUAACUAUAUUGCAACAAAGUUUGAACAAACUCAAAAAUGCUGUUAUAAGGCUAUUUACUCUGUAUUUUUAUUAUUUACAUCGUUUACAUGUAAGUUGACUUCAAAGAAGAUUCUGUGAACUGUUACUUAAAGAUGUUACUGAUGCUAAUUCCUCAAUAGAUACGUACACAAAUAGUCUAAUUUUUAAAGAGUCAGCGAGGAUAGAUUCCCCUGCAGAUAGAACACGUUGAAAAUCUUCCUUUGUUAGAAUCCUUGUUCCCUUUGUAAAGCUCUCUGUACAUCUAUCGAUCAGUAAAAAUCCAAUCCAUGUAAACAGUUUUAUAUUGAACUGUACUUUGCAUCUGGUUUAUUCAGACAUUCUGCAGUUUUUUAAAUAAUUCUUUUCUCUCAAAAGAAGGCAAAGCAACAUCAGCGAAAUGCAUGACGCAGAUAAUGGGUUGCAAAAGAAUAAGCUUAUAAAGUGUCAGCCUGCUGAAAUUUGACAGUAAUGUGAAACAUGCUAUGUAACAGGAUGACAUCUUGUAAAAGUUUUUUUGACCAACAUUUAUUUAUUUAUUUAGUUUGAACAGACAAAAAGUAAACUCUACAACAUUUUGUAGCAUUGCGCUCGUUUGUCAGAAAUUUAUGUAUAUAUAUAUAUAUAUAUAUAUUUUUUUUUUUUUCCCUUAAACUCGUUGCUCCAGAUGAAGUUACAUGAAUGAAUUUAACACAAUCGGAUAAUAGCGAGGAGUUAGAGGCUCUUACUCUUUGAAGUUAGCCAUAUCAUCCAAAAUAGAUAGCACAAUUUGUGACCUCAUGAUUUUUUUUUUUUUCUUGAUUGUAACAUUUAGAAAGUUAAUACUGUAAUCAUGCUGCUGACUCAUGUUGGCUUUAGGAAACCAGAGAACGACUAAAGUGAACAUACCAGAACAAGAAAUCUCUAAUCUUAAUCUAAAUCACAUGAGGGGGUAAAUAUUAGAAAGAAUGUUGUAUGAGUAACGAGAGGUAGUAAGAGUAUUGAACACAUAUCCACUCUGCAAGAAUGCUGAUAUGCAAAUAGGAGGGGACUACAAACCAGGAUAAAAUACAAAACAAAUAUUACUAUUAAGAAGGUAUUUGACAAAUAAUUUAAGAGCUGUGUUGUCUGACUAUAGUAAUGUAAAAGUCUUAGAAUGUGGCCUCAAAAAUUUUUUUUUUUUUCAUUUUCAGCCACUUGUUGGUAACUUCUUCCAACAAGUGGUUUUAAGAGUAGUAUCUUGUUAAAGACUAAUCUCACUUAAGACUGAAGCACACGAUUGUGCAAAAAAAAAGUAUUUGCAGGUGAAUUUUCUGUCUGACCACCAGACAAACUAAAUUGUUCUAAUUACAUUUAUUUUCAGAUAAAUGUAAAGGAAUAAAUUGAAGGAAAAUAUACCCUCUGCAGACCUUGAUGAGACGUUAGACUUAAUUAAUUGAUAGUUGAUAGUCUAUUUAUUGAUAAUUAAAGUUGUUUAAAAAAUAUUUCACAUAGUUACAAAAAAUAUGAAAUUAAUUUACAAUGUUUAUUCAACGCACAAUGUCAAAAGAGAUCUCAGUGGUAGAUGAAUGGUUUUAAAAACUGAAGUAAGAAUAAAUAAAAGUGGAGGUUUGACUAUCGGAACAGAAAACUAAAUGCAAAUGAAUUAAAUUAAAAUUAAAAUUAAAAUGAGUAACAGUAUUUGUAUCUAAACAGCUGAGGGACAUCUUAGACAAGGGAUUUACAGAAACAAAACCAAAAGAAGAACACAAAGUUGUAAUACCCUAGAGAGGACAUAUGAACUUCGAUUAUUUCUUUGUUGAAUCAUAAAUCUAAACUGGGAAAAUGGAUGAAUAAUAUUUGUUGGUACAGGUGCAACAAAUAAAUGAAUAUGUAAAAAAGUGUUAACACUGUUUCAGUGAUUAUUUAACAAAAAUAAUCACUUUUUAUUGAGUAGUAUAUUAUAUAUUGAGCUGUUUUACAGUAUAUAGUGCAAAUUCAUUUAUCAGUUGUCAGUGUAAUAAAGCUCUCACUCUCUCUAA